GGAUAGGUAAAAAACAGACGUUAAAGAAAGGCAUGACAUAGUUUUAUUCUAGUAGAAAUCAUGGUUAUAGUGUUUUGAUUAGCACUUUGCUUUGGGGCAAGAAAUCAAGAGAAAUCGUGUCACUAAUUAACACAACAGUGAGAGGCCUAGGGAUCUUCUGUGGCAAGAGGAGCGUAUGAAGAAACCGCAGGCACUUCAUGCGUAAUAUUAUAAAUAUGUUGACUUGAAGCACGAAAUUCAAAAGGAUAUAGUAGUGUUUUAUUAAGUAAAGAGAACGCACCUCAACUCAACCAACGCAAUAUUGUGAUGGCUCCAUUUAAACUUAAAUUUCGCAUGGGAAGUGGGUCAUCACGUAGCAUAUCUCAGGAGCAAGACCCUGUAAUAGAUAGCCAACCUUAUUCUGCUAGAACGAUUUCCAGCCCAGCAAAAUCAAAUGAACUUAGUAGUAGCAUCACCCUUCAAACUGAUCAGGACAAGGAAGGUGGUAGUACGAAAUCCAACGAUCGACGCGCUUUAAUUCUUAACAAUGAUUCAUCCGACGGCCAAAACUUAGGAUACGACAACCCCGCUUUAACUAAUACAGAAGCAACAAAUAUUGUACCGCUUAGCCCUCCACCGUCAUAUGAGUAUGUGCUUGAAGAAAAUCGCCUAGCAGCAUUAGACAAAGAGAGUAAUCGAGCAUUUAGCAACCAUAGUAUAGCCACGGAGAAUUAUGAAAUGACGACUAGUAUCUCGUCAAAUACGGAAUGCAGUACACCUUUAUCUGGAAAAGAAUCACCGGAAACAACUUAUAAACAAGGAUCUACAUCAACUCCUGUUCAGGAGAAUCUGUUGAAUUGCGCCAUUUCUUGUGAUCCUUUGUAUGAGCUUGACAGCGAUGGAAAUACACAACGAGUGGCCCCUAACGACCUUGCAAAAGAAAAUGAGGAUGUAUUAUCUACCGAUGAAGAAAGUAGCUCGUACAGCAGUUCACAUCAAAUUUAUGAACAACACAAAAAUUAUAUCACGUCUGAAGUAAAAGGCCCAGAGAUUCUUUACAAAUCCAGCAAACAACUUUAUAAGGCAAUGGCUAAAGAAUGUGGAAUUACGUGCAAGAUGUCCGAUCAAUGCCGUUGCCUGGAUUGCCAAAGCCGAUAUUUUGAUUGUGAAUACGACCAGAAUGAACACGAAAAAACAGAUGGUGGACUAAGUGCGGGAACACCUAUGUUUAUCAGCGAAGUAAUGCACGGAGCGGCAUGCAUUAUACUAUAAUUGAUAAACUAAGGUAGAUAAAGGUGCUUAUUAUGGACGGGCGAUUUCGUUCGCCUCCAGGCGAUCAUUCAUAGGUGCUUAUUCUCCCAUUCUCUACGCCUCCUAGUGACGCCUCUAGGGUUUGUCGAUUGUUUGCUCGAUUUUCGAAUCUUCAACUCGUUGUUUCGAAUAGUUUCGAAAUCAAUAAACAAUCCAAAAUGACGGUUGGCCUUUACUGGAGCCUUGCUCGUAGUGCCCCCUCGCUAAGUCUUUGUUGCUUCGCAUCAAAUCAAUAAGCAGCAGAAACUGCCGCUGGUUCGUUUUUUUUUUGUUUGGCAUUGUCCAAACCUUGAGAAAAACACUGUAAUUACCUUUAUUUUAUCUGCAUCACAUACGACUUACCCUUUUUAAUAAUCGUAUACAAUUAGCAGGAAGAAAUUAUUGAUGCACAAUCAGGAUGUUAUAACCGUUUUUCUGAUCCAACCGUGCAGAUGCUCGAUGUAAACAAAACGCCUGCUGUCGAUCACAAAAAUGCACACGAAAGUAGUCGUAGAUGAACACCAAAAUAAGCACAAACAUGAACCAAAUGAAUUACGCCUAGAGAAUGUCGGCGUAACGACUGGGAGAAUAGCACCGAAUAUUAGGUGCGGCUGAUUACAUUUUUGGUUUUUCACUCUGCUCAGAUUGUUCAAUCAUAAUUGAAAUAACAAGUAAUAACCAAAGAAAUGUUUUAAAAGUCAGUGAAGAGAGAAACCCACCAUGUAUAUGUAAAUCAUUAUGGGUGCAAAUAUGACCAACAAACCAAUAGAGCGCUUUUGAAUAGAUCGACAUCUUAAUUUAAACUAAUUGCUUUUAUUGUUCAGCUAAAAAAUGCUGUAUAGAUCUUUAAUUUAUGCAUAAUUUCAAGAAAGAAAACAGAAAAUAAGAAAAGUAACCGAACCAAUUACACCAUAAUUCAAAUAUUACACCACAAUUUCGUUUUGAUGGUUACUCCACACACCUUUUGGAUGCGGCACCCGGCUUUCAGAUCGAUGAUCGAUGUAAACAAAACGCCUGCUGUCGAUCACAAAAAUGGGUAAACGCAAAGUGUUUUAACUAUAAAGCCGGCGAUACAUGAAGCGUAAACUCUCGUAUAAACUCAGAGUGUAAAGCCGGCGAUACAUGAAGCGUAAACUCAAGCGUAAAUAUAAAAUUAAUUUACACUUGAACAUGUUUACAUGACCGGGUUGAGACGCGUAAUCCGAAUUACACUGAACUUUAAUCGACUUUUGUGAGAAAAAUAGAAUCUUUUUUCCAAAGAAAAAGAUUAAAAACGCUAGUAAUGAACACUCACUAUUAAUGCAAACCACGAACAGGAAAUGUAGUGGGGCAAAUCGCUUGCAAACAGCGUUUACGCUAGGAUUUAUGCUCCGUGGACCUAUAAUCUCUUUUACAUCGUGUAAACGGCAAAUGUAAACUUUUUGGCAUUACAUUCUGAGUUUAUACGAGAGUUUACGCUUCGUGUAUUCCGGCCUUAAUGCCAAAAAGAUUAUACUUAUGUCAAAAAGAUUAUAGGCCCGCGGAGCGUAAAUCCGAGCGUAAAAGCAAGCGUAAACACAGCACCAACAUGAAGCGUAGCGUUAUGAUGAAUUGAAUGUUCUACAAUCGCUAAUAUACAGUAAAAACAUCUUUAAAUAUAAAAAAGAUGUUCAGAAAUCAACUUAUCUCGUCGAUUUCUGUUUUUUGUGGCCAAAAAUACAUGUAAUUGAUGUAAUAGCAUAGUGUAAUUGCAGGUGCACGAAUGUAAUUGCAGUUGACGUUUCGGUAUAAACUUUUAUUCGAUUAUGCCUGCCACACGAAGCGUAAACUUUUUGGCACUACACUCUGAGUUUACGCUUCGUCUAUCCUAGGCUUUAUGUGUGUCAUUCGUGGCGAUAAAAGCCAUGAAAUGGCAUUCAAUAGAUGAGAGAAAAUAAAUAUAGUUAUUUGAAUGAUUUGAAACGAAAUCUUUCCAGUUACUUUCUACGUGCUGAAGAUAAGUGAAGAUACACAUUCUACAAUGCUAAAAAUCAUAAGAUUGAAAAGAACACACAUACGCGACGGGAAUAUAUGGGGUCAUUCGAAGCAGCAAAAUCGUGCAUUCGCUUUUGGAGAUAUAUACACCCCGUGUCUAAUAUACAGGGCUACUGAUAUGAAGUUACCGAUUUAAACACCAUUACAUUAAUAAUCGUGUUAAACUAUUUUUAAUUGAUUUCAAAGACAAACUUUGUUUUAAAAUAAUCAGUUUUUCAAAAACCAUUCACUUUAGUUCGAUGUGGCCACAUUUCACUAGGCUAUUUCCUUCUUAAGGGAAAAAGUUGAUGUUGCACGAAUGUGAUCCUGCGGUAUUUUGGCCCAUUCUCAUACAAUCGAUUACUUUAGCGCAUCCAUACUGGCUUAUUUUCUAGUCCUCACCUUGCUCCUCAACUUGGACCAGAUGGAAUGUUCCAUCGGAUUUGCGUCUGGCGAAAUCGAAAUCCACUGUGUGGACGAAAUGAAGUGUGGAACAUGAUUUUUUAACCAUUCUUGGUUCGCACGAGCUUUAUGAGACGAUUCCGAGUCUUGUAGGAACGUCCAUGGUCUGCGACCGAAAUGAUUACGUGUCCACGGCUCUAAAGCACUUUCUGAAACAUAUUAUCGAUUCCAAGAUCGAUGAAAACAGUUGGAGAGCGCUCAUCAGCGUUUACAGCGGUCCAAACCAUUUAUUGCGAUGGGACAUUGCUACGAGUGGCCGUACUUAGGCUCAAAUUGAAGUAUGAACCGUCGGUCAAGUAAACACGAUCGUUUUUAGAGUUUAUGGACGGAGAACACAAUGUUUGAAAAUUCGUCACAUUCGUGCAGCAUCAACUUUUUUUACCGUUUGAGGGCUUCUUCUUUACAGCGCCUAGUCUUCUGAUAUUUACAGCACCUAGUUGAAAUAUUAUAAUAUUAUAUAAUACACAAUGAGGCGAUGGAGAAGCCGAUACAACGCGGAGCUGCACGCAUUGUAUGACGAUUUCAAUGUCGCACAGCUCACUAGCCCGGCUUCGGUGGGCUGGGCACGUCAUGAGAAUGGCAGAGCACGACCCGGCCCGUAAAAUCUUCUUAGGCAUUCCGGAUGGACAGAAGGGACGUAAGGGGGCAAUCAAUGCUCCAAUAUCAACUUAUUCGUAAAACUUAUUCGUGGGUACUUUAAGGCCAAAAUUGGUGGGGUCCAGUGUACCACCAAUACAAUGAACCUUACAGUCUACACGAGCACAGCAACGAUAAUGGUAGUAGGUAUCAACUUUGCAGUCGUGAAAGCUUUGCUCACUGAAUAGAACCAUUUUACCAAACAACGAACCGAACGUAAUAACGAAAAUUCGAAUCUCUUACUAGAAUUCAUUUCUAGAAGAUUGCGAAAUCAUAAUUAUUAUAAAACAGAAAAAAAUCAACAAUAGUCU